AUGACCGCCUGCAAAGACGAUAUCAUGCACAGCAUUAUUCUCAUUCAGCAGAGUACUAUUGAUGACAUGAAUGCAAAGCUUGACCGACUCGGAAGUCUUGUCCAGGCCAGUUUGGUUGGCGCCGCUGUCGAUCGAUCCAGACUGUGCGACGCUCCGAGGGUUUCUUCGCUAACUGAAGUGGCGUCAUUCAAGACUUUACCACAUAGUCAGGAUACUACCGCAAAAUCCGGGAGGAAAGAAGAUAGCACUGGUAAGGAAAUAGUUGAGCCGGAGAUGCUUGAAGAUGAACUCAGCGACGAGAGGGAUCUCUGGACAUUGGAAAAAAUCCAGGAUUCCCUGAAGCACUUGGAGACAUUCCAUCAGGUUGCUCAUAUUGCAUCUCUGACGUCCCCAUUGAAGCAAGUGUUCGUGAGUGCAGAGAAGCGGGCUUAUCUCGUGAAGCUAGUCUCUUCGAGGCGAUCGGUAGCUCUCUGGAUUGAAGUGCCGGACGACGACGAACCGCCUUCGCACGCGACUUUGCUAGCAGCCCAAAUGGUUCACGAUCUCAGUCAGCUGAAUAUUCCCAGCCUCUGUCACUUCAUCCAUCGACCUAAAAGCGCAUCUUUGGACCGCGAACGGGCGCUCUUAGAGAUGGUGUACUCCCUGGUCUACCAGAUAUCCCGGGCUCUUCCUGAGCAUGCGCAUUUCGAGUCAGGUGUUGUCGAAAAAGUCAAAUCGAUUCCUCCGAUCCCGCAGACCCGUUCCGAGGUGACCCGCAGCUUAGCUCCAGCGAUCAACCUACUUGAGUCCUUGUUGGAAUAUCUUCCCCCGCUGUUGUUCUGUGUAGUAGACGGGUUUCAGCUUCUCGUGAGAAAGUCGAACUCUCCGGAGAUGAAAGCAGCCACCAAGCAGUUCGUCGCUUGUAUCUGCGAGGCAGCAACGCGCCAGCUCACAGAUCAGCCGUCGAUUUUCAAAUCGCUUUGGACCACGGAUGGGCCCUGCAGGGACUUACAGCAAGCUAGAAAGAGCCGAGCUCUGGCACAUUUGGGAUACGAGGACGAUGAAGAAUUUGAGUCAAUGGCUCUUCGUGGUAGAGAGAUGUCGCCACUGACAGAGGGGUAA